AUGGGCUCCUCCAGCUGCCCGCCUCUCCCAAUCGAGAUCUGGAUUGAGAUUCUCAGUUACCUGACCGACAAGAGGAACCUGCCGACAUCUUGGCAGGCUUGCCGUCGUGUCUCUCACGUCUUGAAAGCUGCCGCGGAAGAAGCGUACAAGAGCACUUGCCUCAGAACAUGGCAGCUCCAUCUGCUGCUUGGUACUCGGAAGUGUCGUCCUCGUCUCGGCGCGACCUCCGAGAGGCGCGUCAAAGUCACGGCGACCAUGAGCUUUGACAAGAUGUCGCCAGACGGCCAGCGCGUAUUUUUACACUAUCCUCACUGUGAUUACUGGGGUCUUGAGGAUGUAGACUUGAUCGCCGGCGACCUCCGCCUGGUGGUGCAGUGCUUGCCGGGAGGCGCGAUGGAGCUAUGGAUCGGUUCUGGCUGUUCCAAGGUUGGAUCCAUGUCUCCCAUGUUGGACGUCGGUGAGGGCGGGCUUCCGGGCAUGGCGCUUGAGGUGGAUCGCGAGGCACGCACGGUGUCCUAUUACUGGAGACCUCUACUGAGCACCUUCUUGGCAAACGCACAUGAUGGGAACCCGCGUGCCUUUUAUGGCAUAUAUGGCAAGAAAAGGCCUGGAAGAGUGGUCAGAGGAGUGUGA